UAGAGUACAUAUCAUUCAAAAAAGAUUUGGGUAAAAAAUUAAGCCAGGGAGUAUUUCCCGCUAAAGCUUCUCUGCUCUGCACAGGGCUUCGAUUGGGAGAGCAUCAGUAUGACUGAAGAGGCACGCUCGCCUUCUUCUUCUGAUUCCGCCAUUCUUCAACUUAAACAUUACCUAGCUUCAUGCUCUCGUUCUAUUGAAGGUGGAGAUCAGCCCGGAUCAGGUCGUUCCGUGUCGGAACUUGUUGAUUUUUUAAACUUGGCUGCCGGUUCUGCCCAGCGAGAAGCUGGAUAUGAAGACUUUGAGAGAACAGCCUUCCAAUUUCUUACAGAAAUUCACAUGUUCACGAGCUCUCUUGCUCCAAGCCAGGAAGUUCUGGAAGAACUAUCAUUUGAGCUACCUAAAGCAUUGUGUAGAGUCGCAUGCGCAUCAAAGAGGUGUUCUGAUCUUGCGGAAUGCUGUAUCGAUAAUCUGCUUGAGAAAUGUAGUCCGCGCGAGAUGCUUCCAAUUUUCUGUGAUGCGCUGAGCUCUCCAGACGAGCAGUUCCAGACACCUCUUUAUUAUGCACCUAUUAUGAGUGGGAUUGCAAAAGUUCUAACACGAAUCCAGCGACGGCAAUUCGAGCAAGUAAAGUCUGCAGUUCCUGUUGUCCUUCACGUUCUAAACCAUGUGUCAUUAGAGAUGGAUGAAGAUGAAGAUGUUGAUGCUAAUGCUAAUGCUAAUGCUGGUGCUUUGUUUUUCAAAGCAACUGACAUUGCGAAUUCCAUUGAAGCUAUCUGCAGAAAGUUGGUAGAAAUGGAUAACCAGAAGCUGUGUGCCCUUUUUGGCCUUUUCGUCUUGCAAGUGAUGGCCCUUGUUUCACUAUCCUCUGGGGCUAGAACGUCACACUUUAUACCCAUCGUGACCCACUUAUCACACUUCCUUCACAUCUGUGGUUUGUCAUAUAUGGGCCUAAUUACUGGCUUUGAUGUUGAUAGGAUUACAAACAUUAUUGUCCAAGAUGAUGGAGAAGAUGAUAUACCACAUUUUUCUUUUGUAAAACAUGGUGCAUCACUGGCAGUCAUUUGGGGUUAUAAGUUUGACGAGGCAGCUGUGGCUGCUUCAGAAGAUACAGGUGCAUUAAGAAAAGAGCUUCAAAAUGACCAGACUAAGAGAUGGCAGACAGUAGGCAUGCUAAAGCAUAUAUUUUCAUGUGCUAUGCUUUCGUGGGAUUUGAAGAGGAAUGCUCUUGAAUUCUUGCUUAGCAUUUUGGAUGGUUCUGAAUGUCAUGAAACACAAGCUGAACAUAUUGACAAUUUCUCAUAUAUGCCCUCUCUACAUACUGGAUUGUUGGCUAUUCAAGUGGUUAUUAUGUAUGCACCUAGCAUUGUUAUACGAAGGAGUGCUUAUGACGCAUUCAACAAGGCGCUUUCUGACGUUCCAAGUUCUCUAAGGCUUGAAAUAUUGAAAACAUUGGUCAAGAAUAGCAACUCUUCUUCCAUGAUUGGAAUUCUUUUAGAUCGUGUAAGAAGGGAAAUGAAUGCAGAAUACAGUAAAAAAUCCUCAAUGAGCAAUGGAGGGUUAGAAUCAAAAGCCAGUGCUUCAACAUUCCUGCUAUUUUGGGAUGAUAGCACUCUUGAAUUAGUGGAACUGGUAUUGAAACCCCCGACGGGAGGCCCUCCAUCCCUUCCCGAGUACACUGAUGCGGUUCUAGGAGCACUCAACCUCUACAGAUAUAUACUAAUCACAGAGUCAUCUGGGAAAACCAACUAUACUGGCGUGCUCUCCAAAGAAAAACUAGAAGAAGUGCAUCGCAAAUGGCUCUUGCCGCUUCGCUCAUUAGUUUCUGGAGUCAUGGCAGCAGAGAACCGGACUGAUCUUGAUCAACUGGAAUCUGAUAUGAUAUGUUCUCUAAACCCUCUUGCAAUGGUUUUAUACCGGUGUAUUGAAUUGGUUGAGGAAUGCCUUUAGUAUGAAGUUUAUCUUGUGCAGUUGUGCAUAUGGUCAUGUUUUAUGUUUACAUGCACUUUUGUGUAGAAUACUAUGGGUUUUGGCAAUGACUAAGUUAUUUAUGUUCAAGUAUUUUUAUCUCCUUGAAUUUGAAACGCUGACCAUGGACAAGAGUCGUUGAC